GACUGAUAAGGCCAAGAAUUUCUAUCACAUUACGAUUUGGAAACUCUCACUUGUGUUUCACUCAUAUUCAAGAUAGGACCUUAUUUGUUUGUUCUCCGAAAACGGUUAAGAUGGACCUUACGUAGCAACUGAGAAAUUGGCCUAAAGCGUGAAUGGGAUUGUAUAUUUUACAAGAUACUGGUUCAAGCUGUUAUCCUGAAGGCAGAAGGGGCCUUGUUUGGGAUCAGAAGUGUGAAAGAAGAAAGUCCUGCUACGAAAGAAAAUAAGAUAACUUGUCAGAUGAAAAACCUUUAAAAAAUCUGCCAUUAAAUUCAACAUAUUUCGUGGAAGUGGCUACUGAAAUCCUUCACGAUGAUGCUAAGAGCCCUUCUUUUACAAGAAAGUCCGCCGAUCGAUGAACCAGAAGAUGUGGUUAUAAUAGAGCGACAAUAUCAGGAAGAUGAAGAAUCCGUUGGUGGCAGUUGGGAUUUUAUAAUGACCAGGGACAAAGUUUCUGGGGAUGGGAAGACGAAAGAAUUGGAUCCUCCUGAUCAAGAAAUGAUUUUCAUAGACCGUACUGAGACUAUAGAUGAUUCUGAAAGUUCAGAAAAGGAUGACGAAGAUAUUGGGCAUAGCAGGGAGAAACGUGGCAGGGACAGAGAAAGGAAAAGGAGAGAUUCCUCUGUUGAAUAUAGUUCAGAAAGUGGAUCAACACCUAGAAGAUCUAGAAAUUCAGCUGUCUGGAAAGAAGAAAGAUCCAGAAAGAUAGAGACUUACAGGAAAAAUGAUCGUGAAUCUAAAUAUGAAAGCCACAGAAGGCGUGGUCGCAACAAAAAUAGAAGGUUGCAGGUUUCAUCUCGGAGCUCAUCGAGUUCAUGGUCUAGUGAAAAGGAGUCUCCUAGUACCUACUGGGAUGAUAAGAAAUACAAAUCGAGAAUGGAAGAAACAACUACUGUUAAAGGUUGGCCGUCUAGAUCUAAAAGUGCCAUAAGAUCUAGAUCUCAGAGAAAUUAUCGAAAUAAACGCAGUAAAAAACGUUUCAGGGGUUCUUCUGAUAACAGCUCUAGUUCUGAAUCCGAAUUUAGGUAUCAUAGUAACUGGCAGUCAAAGAAAGCUGAUCAGAAUGCGGAAUCAAGAACAAUUUAUGAAAGAAGGCAGUAUGCAAGAGAUAUGGAAAUGUCUCCAUUACGAUUUCCACGGCGAAGAUCAAGAACGCCUGAAAGGAGGCAUAGACACAGCUCCUCACCUUCGAACAGCAGUUACUAUUCAGAUGGAGGAAGUGAUAGUGCUGACAAAGAAGAAAAAAGCUAUAGAAAUGUAGAAAGAGACGAGAGAAGAGAUUGGAAAUUGGAAAAGGAAGAGCGAAGAAGAGGUAGAGAAGUGGGAAAAGAAGAGAGAAGAGGUAGAGAGAUGGAAAAAGAAGAGAUAAGAAGAGGUAGAGAGAUAGAAAGGGAUACAGAGGUAGAAAGGGAGGAGAGAAGAAGGGAUGCAGAGGCAGAAAAAGAGAGAAGGGAUAGAGAGUUAGAAAAGGAAAGAAGGGAUAGAGAAGUAGAAAAGGAAAGAAGGGAUAGAGAGGUAGAAAAGGAGAGAAGGGAUAGAGAGGUAGAAAAGGAGAGAAGGGAUAGGGAUUCAGAAAAGGAGAGAAGGGAUAGGGAUUCAGAAAAGGAGAGAAGGGAUAGGGAUUCAGAAAAGGAGAGAAGGGAUAGGGAGGCAGAAAAGGAGAGAAGGGAUAGGGAGGCAGAAAAAGUGAGGAGAGAUAGAAAGGCAGAUAAAGAGAGGAGAGAUAGAGAGUUUGAAAAAGAGAGGAGAGAAAGGGAGUUAGAAAAGGAGAGAAGAGAAAGGGAGUUAGAAAGGGAGAGGAGACAAAGGGAGUUAGAAAAGGAAAGGAGACAGAGGGAGUUAGAAAAGGAAAGGAGACAGAGGGAGUUAGAAAAGGAGAGGAGACAUAGGGAGUUAGAAAAGGACAGGAGACAGAGGGAGUUAGAAAAAGAGAGGAGACAGAGGGAAUUAGAAAAGGAGAGGAGAGAGAGGGAGUUAGAAAAGGAGAGGAGAGAAAGAGAAUUAGAAAAAGAGAGGAGGGAGAGGGAGUUAGAAAAAGAUAGGAGGGAGAGGGAGUUAGAAAAAGAGAGGGAGUUAGAAAAAGUGAGGAGAGAGAGAGAAGUAGAAACCAAAGAUUAUCAGAAUGAAAUGUAUGAAAGAACACUGGAAGAAACAAGUAUAAUUUCAUUUAAUAACACAAGAAUUCUUGACGAUAGAUAUUAUCAGCAGGCAGAAGAAGCAAGGCAAAGUUCAUCUGAAAGUAGCUCAGAAUACAUGAUUGAAGAAGCAUCCCAUGAUGAAUUAUCAUACGAGGAAGAUGAAGAAGAGCUAUCUAAAGAUCAUCAGAAUGCAUCAAAAAAAGAUGAUGAUUUAUCUAAAUCAGGUGAUGAUUAUAUUCGAAAAGACCUUGAAGCAAGUAGAAAUAGGAUGUAUUCUCCUGACAGUGUCACUAGUGAUAGGUCUCCAAGUACUUAUCAGCAGUCAUAUAAGAAAAAUGAUAAUGCCAGUGAUAAAAAUGCUCUGGAUUCUGCCAAAAUUGAAACUGAAUCUAAAGAGUUACAAUCGGAAUCCAAACCUGGAAACAUUCCAGAUGUACAAAAGGACGCUGCUGAAGAAGAGGAAAACGAAAAGAAUGAUCUUUCAAAGACUAGAAGUCCUAGAUUUCAAUAUUCUACAGAGAUUCAUUCAGUGCAAUAUCCUAGUCAGUCAGCGUCUGCAGAGACUCGAAUGUUGCCUGUUAGAAAUAAUACCGAUGAGCAGGAAGAAAACACUAAAUCAGAAAUUCAUAUUAAACCUGACCGAGAAAGUGACAAAAAAGCUAAUCGAGAAAGAAAUCGAGAUUCCUCUUCUUGCAGCAGCAGCAGCAGUUCGAGUGUCCCUGAGAAACAGCAAUUCAAAUCAAGAAGUAAUGCUAAUGUCUCAAGAUUGGCGAAUUCUUUAUCCAAGAGAAGAUCAAAAGACAACGAUUCUAAAUCGAAAAGUACUCGCAAAAACAUGGAAGUUCAAAGUAAAAAGGGAAAUAAAGACAGCGUUUCAUCCAGUAGCAGUGCCAGUAGCUCUGGCACAUCAGUAAGUAAAUCUGAAUCCUCCAGCAUUUCAACCUCUUCUGGUACUAGUUGUUCAAGCAAAAAUUCUUCUAAUACUUCACUCACGGGAGGUCGUUCCUCAUCGGCCUCCUCAUCCAGUUCUUCAUCUUCUGCAAAAAAAUCUAAACGUUCAGCUAAAGCCAAAGAACAUGUUAGAAACCGAUCAAGAUCAUCUUUCACAAGACGAAAGAGGAGUAAAUCUCCGCGUACAAGCAAAGUUCAUGUUGCAUCCUUGUCUAGAAAUAUUAACAGGGAACAUUUGUUUGAAAUAUUUGGCUUCUAUGGAAUUGUUGUAAACGUAGAAAUACCUGUUGAUCGAAUAAAUGGCAAUAUGUCAAGAGGAUUUGCAUAUGUUGAAUAUGCAACUGUCGAACAAGCUGAUAAAGCUGUUACCCAUAUGAAUGGAGGCAUUGUUGAUGGCCAGAAAAUUAUUGUUACCCCUGUAUUAGCCCCCAAAGAAAGGAAAGUACCAGCAAGACGUUCUCCUGCUAGACGUCCUUACAUGUCCAGACGUCCUUCUCCACCAUAUCGUAAUAGAGGUGGUAGAGAUCGUAAAGACCGUAGGAGACCUCCUCGGGCACCUUACCGCCGUCGAUCGCCGAGACGCCGCAGCCGGUCGAAAUCGAUUUCAUGGUCAAGAUCGUGGACGAGGUCGAGAUCAAGGUCACCCCGUAGAUGGCGUACACGUAGGGGAUCGAGUGGAUCUCGUUAAUACUUCAGUACCACAUAAAAUCUGUAUAAACUCCCAAUCAUGUUCAUCACUUUUUUUACUUAUUUUUAUCGCAGCUGUCUGGUUAAUUUGAAGGGAAGAUAAAAAUUUAAAAUGCAUCAAUUUUCCAUAUGAGAUAUUCUUUUUUUAAAAAGCUUCCACUAAACUUUUUAUAACUACUUGCAGUUUGUGUACUGAAUUGGAAGGCGUCAAAUUGUCAUAAAAAGUACAAUAUAUUUAACUACUGUUUCUAUUUUAAAUAGAUACUAGUUUCAAAACGAGAAACUGUAAAAUAGAAAGAGAAGAUACGGUAACGUAUUUCUAAAAAUAUACUUACUGCUUUUUUCCCUGGUAAUUCCACAGUUUUUUGUUCAUUACAUAUUUAUUUAAAAGCAUUAUCUUCUUCGUUUGUGAACAAUAGAAUUUCUCUCCACAUAACUACCAUAUUGUAUUCCGAAAAUUUAUGCACAAUAUUAUCACUGAACAUCAUAAUUAUAUGUGCUUAUUUGAAAUAUUCGACAAUAUCUUUUUUCCGUAACAAGUAUGGAAACUGUCAGUUUACAUUUUUAAACAGUAAUGUUUUAUUUAAAACUAGUCUUCAAUAUAUUUGUGUUUUUAUUUUUGGAAGAAAUUUUAUUUCUUCAAUAUUCCAAUUUCUUGUUUUGUGCAAGGGAGUGAUAUAUCGUGUUCCAUCAAAAGAGAUCUCAUGUCUGUUUGUGAGUUUAGUAGUAUUAGUAAUUCAUACCAAAUGGUAUUUCUUCAUUCUGAAAUAUGUGUGCUGUAUCAAGUUGUUAUAUGUAGUACAUAAAUAAAAUGCAUGUCAAUGUGUCUCUGUUCGUCAAAGUAAUUCUACUUUUUCUUAUAAUAUGAUGGAAAUAAAAACAUUAAUACUUAUUUGCCGUUUGCAUGAUGGAUAUAAAUACUUCAAAUGAAACAAAUUAAUAUAUAUUAAACAAUGUAUAUAUGUUUGCAACUGCAUUUGUACGAUUAUAAAACAUAAUUUUGUAAGUUAUGCUAAUAUUUUAAGUUCUUUUAACAAUUUAAUUAUUCACUUCGAUGAAAGAAAUUAUGCUUGCUUUGAUGUCAACUAUAAUCAAUAUACCAAGAUAUCUUUUUUUUUAAUUUAAAAUAGAUAUUACUUUUAAAAUAAGCAACGAUUUAAUAGAAUGAGAAGAUAUGUGGACAUAUCUUUAAAAUACACUAGGUGCUUUGUUCCUCUGUUAAAUUCCUUGACUUUUUGGUCAUUACGAAUUUACUUAAUAGCGUACUUUUCUGUGUUUGUGAACACUGGAAUUUCUUUCAGUAUAGCUAUCGUAAAGAAAUACAAAAAUAAUAAUUCAUAAUACUUAAAUACAUGUGAAGUCGCAUAUACAUAAUAUUGUUGCCAAACAUCGUAAUUAUAUACAUUUAUGUAAGUAUGCACUAGUAUGGAAACUGCUUGUUUCCAUUUUCAAACAAUAAUAAAUGUUAAAUGUAUCCCAAAGUGAGCAAAAAUACUCGAUUUAAGACUAGUCAAUUAUUUUUGUGUUGAUACUUCUGAAAGAAAUUUCACGUGUAGAAUAUUCCAAUUUCUUUUGGCGGGUGGGUUUGACAUAUCAUGUAUUUCAUCGGAAAAGAUCUCAUAGCCAUUUUCAGUUCAUCAUAUCUGUGUACUUUCAUCCAAGCAUAAAAGAAAAUGAUGUCAAGAAUAUAGCAUUUUCAUUGUAAACUUUCUUAUUAGUGGCAUAUGUAAAGAUCUAAAAUCAUUGGAGAAUUAUGGCUAAUAAUUUAUGUGUCUGUGAAUUCAUAUUAAUGUGUAUAUGUUUGUUAUUGAUAGUCAUGAUUAAAAUAGUAUAUUCUUUCAAUAUAUUUUAACAUUUUUUAUUAAAAUUCAGAACAGUGUUUCAAAUUUUCUUUAACCCUUUCAAGCUGGGGCUUCCUUUUGAAUUUUGAAUCAUGGUUUCUUCAAAAAAAUACUUAACAAAAUCUGCAUUUGAAUCUUUUUUUAAUUGAUCAUAUCUUUUUUGACAUUCUGUUGUAUUUAUCUAAAGGUGAAUUUAAUUACUCUUGAAAGAUUACAUAACAUUAACGUUUUAAAAAAUAUCGUCAUCGAUUAUGUUGCAC